AUGGGCGGCCACGCCUUCAAAGGACUGUAUUGUCCUCGGAUCUCCCCAGCUGUCUACGAAAAGGUCAAGGCAGAGACGAAAGCUGCGCUGCAGACUGUCUUCGCGCAAGUCGUGGUACCGACUGAGAUGCCCGGCAAGGAUGACUACGGCGACGUCGACUUCCUAGUCUGUUCACCUCUAAAUUCCAAGGGUGACACCACCAUCGACACAUUCCCCUGGCAAAGCACUGUUUCUCUCAUCAAAGACGUCCUCGACACCACCCAUGGGCGCCAGGGCUAUCUUACCCCCGACUGCAUGUACUUCGCCAUCGACUCGCCCCAUGGUGAAGAAAACUACUUCAUUCAGAUCGAUGUCAAGGUCUGCUUCAAGCCGGAGCUGUUUCACUGGUGUCACUUCGAGCUCAACUACGCAAGCAACAGCAAGAUGAUCGGCAGUAUGGUUAAGCCGCUGGGUCUUACCAUGGAUCCUGAGGGUAUACAUGUCCGUGUUGAAGAGAUGGAAGAGACGAAUUUUCCUGGUAGCAUGGUGUGGGUUAGCAAGGAUCCGAAGGAUGCGCUGAGGAUUGUGGGAUUGGAUUGGAGGAUCUUGAAUGGAGGAUUCAAGACUAAGGAGGAGAUCUACAAGUACUUGGCUAGCUCCUGGCUCUUCCACCCAGGCCACUUCGCCGCACGACUGGCUGAGGAAAAGUACAACGAUCGCCUCGAGGACCGCGCACCAUACUGGACACACUUCAUCAAAGAAUGGGUUCCACAGCAUUACCCUGGCUACCGCCACAUCCAGCACAACACAGGCCCAGAAGAGGACGACAGCAAAGCCAUCGAGCACGUUGAAGAAGACUUCCCAGCAUGGCAAACCCGUACCAGAAUAGCUGUCCGCAACAAAGUCUUCACCAUGUUCCCCCACAUCGCAACCGAAUACUACACAAAACGCGCCGCAUGGGUCAAAGAGCGCGAGGAGCAGAGACUGCGCGAGCUCGUCACCCAAGCCAUUCCAACUGGGAAGAAUGGCUGGAGCAGCGACGUACCCGUUCCAACCAUCAUCAUCAAGCAUGCACAGCCCAUGACACCCGAUCUCGAACCCACAGCUACAGGCGAGAUAACACCGCCGUUGACACCACCGCUCACACCCGGCUUACCGACCAAUGCCUCACCGAUCUCACGGAGCGCCCUCGUUUUUCCCCCCUUCUCUCCAUCCACCACCGAAUCCCCAAACCCAGCCCUAUACGUCGACGUCCUCCCGCACACACCACCCCUCCCAUUCUCCCCCUCCCCACCUUCACCCAACAUGUCCGCCGCCGCAAAACUGCUCUGUCUCUUCCGCUGGACACUCUUCUGCCCCUCCACUGGAACUCCUUAUCUCGCCACCGUGCCGCGCGAGAAGGACUUCACGAUGGCGUGGACAGAUGCGCAGUAUGCUGGAGCUACGGAUGGGGUGCUCGUGCGGUGGGCGGAGAAGGUGUGGUGGAGUGUUUGGGUUAGGCAGUGCGUUGUGAAUUAUCGGGGGAUGUGGAAGAGGAGGUUUGAGAAGGACGUUAAGAAGGCGGAGAGGAAGGGUGUGGUUGAGAGUGAGAUGGUUGGAGGGGAAGAAGUGGAAGGGAAGGAGAAGGGAGAGGUGAGUGUGGUAGGAGAGAGGGUGGAGAAGGUUAGGGGGAGGUUGGGAAGGUUGAAUGAGGGCUUGAUGGGUUUGGUUUGGUGA